CCGGCUGCGAGUAAAGGAGCGCCAGAGGCGGUGAGGGGUAGGUCUAUUGUAGCGCUCAGCUCGUUUUCCCGACCGUCGGCCUAGUCCUCGCCUCUUCCUCCCGCACAGCGUGGCUCAGGCCCCAGAGUCCCCCAUUGCCCUUCUUUCGACGUUGAGUACCCCGAGGAGGCACGAGACACUCGGAAGACUCAGGCCUGCCUGAAACGGGUCCGACUGGUUUCCAGAGCCCGCGCCGUCCCCUCCGCAGAGGCCGUAACUGGGGCGAUGCGAGGGCCGCGGGCAGGGCCAGACACCCGGAGCUGGAGGAAGGCUCUGGGAAAUGGCUCGGGCAAAGGUCCGAACCGUGUACGCUGAGGCAGGUGCAGGGCGGAGGAGUCAGCGGGGAAGUUCCCGGAGGGCCUGGUGACUCCGUUCCUUCCCCCGCGACACUCGUCCCUCAAACACAACUAAAGACAGCACUGUGUCCGGCCCGUGAGCAACCUGGCUUCAGGCCGCCCUCAGCCCUCUCGGAGCGCCUGUCCUGAGGGAGAACACCUCACACAACGCGCACGAGUUCAGAGUGGUGUGGGAAUGAAGAAAAGGAGUACGGCGCGUCGCUGUGACGGGGAGGGAAAGGCGGGAGCCAGAGCAGUCAGGCUCCGCUUGCACCAAGGGGCCGAGGAAUGGCUCCGCGCGGUUCCAGCGAGCUGAAGCGCAUGGCGGCCUGGGAAGUAGUCCCGGCCGGGCUCCGGCCCCGCCCCUGCAGGGCGGAGGGACGCAUCACGCAGGGGUGGGGAAGCGAGAUCCGUGCGCAGGGUUGCUAAGGGUGAAACUUUUCAUUGACUUUGCUCACUUCGGGCCGGGGCGCGGGAAGGUGUGGGUUGUCAGCGGAGGCAAGCCAGUGGCUCGGGCGGCGCGGGGCCAGAAGGGCAGGACUGCCCGCCGGCGACAGCUCAGACCGUCUUCCGUUCCGCGACACGAACCACCCUCCAGUCCGCCAUCCCCGCGCCGUAGCCGGUGCUCCGUCCGCCUGCUCUCCGUCCCCACGCCGCCGAGCCCGACCUCCUAAGAGCUGAAAGAAAUUCUUGAGAGUCCUAGCCCAUAGCCCCCUGCUUCAUCCCCCAACCCUCAACGACGAAAAGGACUUCGGUCCCCGACCGGCGGGCACCCGGGAAGGAAGGGAGAGAGACCUCCGCCCUGCGCUCAGGACCACCCUGGAGGGAGAAGCCGCCCCGAGGCCAGCAGAGCGCCCCGCCGCCGCGGAGACCCGAGUGAAGCCGUCUGGAGCCCAAGGCUGUGCACGUGCCCUGUGCUGAUUCUCUGCCUAGGAAAGGACCAUGCAGCUAGAAAUCAAAGUGGCCCUGAACUUCAUCAUCUCCUACUUGUACAACAAGCUGCCCCGGCGCCGGGCAGACCUGUUUGGGGAAGAGCUAGAGCGGCUUUUGAAAAAGAAAUAUGAAGGCCACUGGUACCCUGAGAAGCCACUGAAGGGCUCUGGCUUCCGCUGUGUUCACAUUGGGGAGAUGGUGGACCCUGUGGUAGAGCUGGCUGCCAAGCGGAGUGGCCUAGCAGUAGAAGAUGUGCGGGCCAAUGUGCCUGAGGAGCUGAGUGUCUGGAUUGAUCCCUUUGAAGUGUCCUACCAGAUUGGUGAGAAGGGAGCUGUGAAAGUGCUGUACCUGGAUGACAGUGAGGGCUGUGGUGCCCCUGAGCUGGACAAGGAGAUCAAGAGCAGCUUCAACCCUGAUGCCCAGGUGUUCGUGCCCAUCGGCAGCCAGGACAGCUCCCUGUCCAACUCCCCAUCACCAUCCUUUGGUCAGUCACCCAGCCCCACCUUCAUUCCCCGCUCCGCCCAGCCCAUCACCUUCACCACCGCCUCUUUUGCUGCCACCAAAUUUGGCUCCACUAAGAUGAAGAAGGGGGGCGGGGCAGGAAGUGGUGGGGGUAUAGCCAGCAGUGGGGUGGGUGGCCAGCAGCCACCACAGCAGCCUCACAUGGCUCGCUCACCCACCAACAGCCUGCUGAAGCACAAGAGCCUCUCUCUGUCUAUGCAUUCACUGAACUUCAUCACGGCCAACCCAGCCCCUCAAUCCCAGCUCUCACCCAAUGCUAAGGAGUUUGUGUACAAUGGUGGUGGCUCACCCAGCCUGUUCUUUGAUGGGGCCGAUGGCCAGGGCAGUGGCACCCCAGGCCCUUUUGGAGGCAGUGGGGCUGGCACCUGCAACAGCAGCAGCUUUGACAUGGCCCAGGUAUUUGGAGGUGGUGCCAACAGCCUCUUCCUGGAGAAGACACCCUUCGUGGAAGGCCUCAGCUACAACCUGAACACCAUGCAGUAUCCCAGCCAGCCGUUCCAGCCCGUGGUGCUGGCCAACUGACCAUCUACCUGCCCCUAGGGCCAGGAGCACCCAAGACCACAGAAAAGAGAAAGGAAAUGAAAGGCCAAAAAAAGGAAAAGAAAAAUGUACAAAAAGAUUUUCGAUCUUCUCACUUCUAGAAAAAAGAUGCAGCCCAGGCAUGGAAUGGGAGGGCCCCACAAAGCACCGAAGUGUGUUUCACUCACCCCCACUGCUCGCCCACCGGCCUGUGAUUUAUUUGGUUGGUUUGGGUUUUAUAUUUCUUAUUUCUUUUCUUUUUUUAACAUGUAGUUUUCUAUAUAACAUCUUUAAUGAGUGGCUUCCUGUGCUAAGAAUGGUCCAGAUGUGAAUUGCUGCUCCCUGCUCCUCCCUUCCUCCUUCACACUCCUGGUUUAGGAUUGGUGUGUCCAAGCUCACAGGGAAGGAAGAGCUGCAGCUGAAGCCUAAUCCCCCCUUAAACAGGGAGAGGCUGGCUCAUGUCACUGCCUCUGUCACCCAGCUAUCCUCGCACUCAAAGCCAUCCAACCUCAGCAGGCCUUCUCGGGUCCUGCCACCUGAAUAGGUCCGACCCCAGUCCCUGCUCCCUUUCAGGCUGGGCCACAGGGAGCUACCAACUGGCCACUUGACACCCUCCCCUUAGAGCUGAUGUCUGUGACCACUGGGAGGUUCGCAUUUGUCUAGUGGAACUCCUUUCAUCUCUGUCCUGUGGCCCCACCCCACCAUUCUCUCCAGGCCCAGACCAUCACCAUGGCCCUGGCCACCUGGCUAUCGAUGCAUGUGGCCUUUCUUUCCCUCAUGUGGCCCCUUCUUCCCCAGGCCAGAGGUUGUGGGUAGGGAGGGAUGUGUGUGUAUGUGUGUAUUUGGUUUGCUGUCCUUUUUUAAAGGAUUCCAAGCCAUGUGAAGCUUCCCUUCUGCAUGUGAUUCUGGGUUGCAACAAGUGCUUCUUUAUGUGUGAGGCUGGGGAAUAGGCUGGGGGUAUUGGCAGUCCUUUUGCAGGGCAGUGUGCGUGGCGGGAUGACACCACUGUGGCUGAGCCCAAGACACUCCCAUAGAAAGCACUGCAGAAGGAACUGGUUUGCAGACUGUGGAGGGAUCUGCCCUUUUGUUUUUGACCAAAAAAAAAAAAAAAAAAAAGGUUAGCUCUGAAGGGCAGAGGAAACACCCAAGUCCUUGAUGCCUAUGAGAAGUCCUUGGACUUCAACCCUCCUGUUGGUGUGACCUUAGUUCAGUGAGAGCUGCUCACCUGAGCACCCUUACGGGUAGGCAGGGAGGCAGAAUGGGAUUUUGGUGUUAGUGUGUGUAGGGGGCAGCCGUGAGCCUGGAGUUGAGACUUUGGGUCUCUUGUUUGGUGGUGUUAUUUGAGUGCAUUUGUGCCCCUGCCAGGUUGAGAGUUUCUCGGUACCUCUUGCCGUCCCCUCUCACAGCCCUGACCCAACCCCAACCUUGAUGCUGAGAGGAGUGGUGUCCUGACAGGGACUCAGCACUCCCGGGUGAUGCACUGGAUCAUGGGAGAGUGCUUGCUCUUCUGCCGCUGCCACGAGAGGGCUUGUUCCUCACACCCUAGGAGGCCAGGCAAGCAUGGACAGGAGCCAAGGGAGCAGGGUCAUGAACUUUUUCUUUUUGCAAAGUGGGGCACUUGGCAUCAGGGUCUCAUCACCAAAGCCCCUGGCACCACACUCACUCCAUCCUACCCAGGGACCCCAAGUAGGCAACUGCUAUGGCAGUGGGUCCAGCCCAGGCCAGCACUGCCAGCCUCCUCUCCCUGCAGUAGGCACCAGCUCUACCUCCCCUGGCAGGCAAUCCCCUGGCUUCUCAGCCCAGCACCAUCUGUUCCCCUAGACUUCUCAGGAGCCAGCCCAGUCUCAGCCACCCUUUCCCUUGUCCUCGGCUCCCACACAGGUGACAGGCCCAGCAGAUAGCUUCUCUCUGGGAAAGGUUGGAUGCUGCCUUACGUCCCCUUCUAGCCCUCCUCCCAUCCACACACACAGGCGCCCACCCGCACCAGGUCAGCUUGUUGCUCACAUGUAGGGAGAUGGGGGAGGCCAACCCCUUUGUGUCUUUUGAAAUAUGGAGAAAAAUGUGUGUUCAGGAGCAUGACUCCAGUGCUGGGCUCUUGGGCCCAGUUCAGUCUGUCUUGUCUCAAAUCUAGGCAUUUUUGCUUCAAUUUUAUUUUUUUUAAGAAAACAAACAGAAAUCUGCACUAAUUUACCUGGUUUCAUAGGAAAACUUUUUUUUUUUAUUUUUUACAUUUUUUGGUGUCCGUUUGUAUUGAAUAAUUUGCUACAUUUGUAAAAUGUAAGAGGUAUAUAUAAUAUAUGUAUAUUUCUAACGUAAAAAACAUAAUUUUUUUCUUUUCAAGAUUUUUUCUUAAAAAGAUGAGAGAAACAUAUUUUUUCAGGAAAAACAAACUUUUAAAAAAAGAGGAGAAUAAAACCUUUUCUCCCCUUUCCCAUCCUCUGUCUAUCCCUCUUUCCCAGGAACAAAUCAAAAGGUGGAUUAUCUUGUGAAGAAUGGAAACUGUUAGUCCAGAAUGAUGUCUUUUUCUCAAUGCAGUGAGUUACAGAUUCUCUAGUUUUCUCCCUAGGGAUGGGAAGGGGGCAUUGAGGCACGCCUGGAGAGGAGCCCGGGGAGCAGGGUCAUGAACUUUUCUUUAGUGAAGGAGGAAUACAAUCAAGGGUUUUGUAUUCAGAAUGUUGUGCAAUAUUUUGGAAUGGGAUGUUGGUGUGUUUAGAAAUUUUAGUUUAAAAACAAAACAAAAAGAUCAAAUCUGUACAGUUUCUAUUGUUCCAGAUUUUUUUAAGUUUGUAUUAAAAGCAUGAUAUAUAAUA